AUGAGGAUGUUUGUCGCAGCUACGAGCCACAAGGCGAGGAGCGCUGGAGUCUUCUACUGUCUGGUGUUGCUCGCUGUCAGCUUCCCUUUCUUUUAUUUAAGUGACAGAUAUUUAACGUGCCCCGUCCCCGCGGACAACCCGCCGGCGACCAGCGACCAGCCGGUGACCAGCGAGGGAAAACUGAGACAGAGCAUCGAUUUAGAUGACACGCUUAACUUUGGCGUCAGACCAACGGUUCAAACAAGCACAUCCUGGAAUGCUCCCAUCAUCUGGGAGGGGAUGUUUGACCCCAACCUUUACGACCAAAAGCACAUCGAAGGCGGCUCAUCUGUGGCCCUCACCGUCUUUGCUGUGGGCAGGUACCUGGAGGCCUACCUGAAGACCUUCCUCACCUCUGCAGAACAACACUUUAUGUUGGGAUUGCCAGUGACAUAUUACGUGUUCACGGAUCUACCAGAGGAGGUACCGGACAUCACACUCGCUCCUCAGCGAAGCCUGAAGGUUAUCCAGGUGAAGAAGCACUCCAGGUGGCAGGACAUCUCCAUGAUGCGCAUGAAAAUCUUAUCCAAAAUCAUAGAAUCAGAGAUCCGUCACCACUGCAAUUAUGUCUUCUGCUUUGAUGUGGAUCAGGAGUUUAAGGGGAGAUUUGGCUCGGAGGCUCUGGGGGAUUCUGUGGCUUUGCUACACGCCCACUACUACAGACUUCCAAAGGAGAGGUUCACUUACGACAGAAACCCCAGAUCCAAAGCUUUCAUGGAAACCGGUGAUUUCUACUACCAUGCUGCUCUCUUUGGAGGCUUGUGGGAAAAUGUCAAGAGUUUGACAAAUGCCUGCUAUGUGAGCAUCAUGGAGGACAAACUAAACAACGUGGAGGCUCUGUGGCAUGAUGAGAGUCAUCUGAACAAGUACUUUUGGCUCAACAAACCAAGCAGACUGCUCUCCCCUGAGUACUGCUGGGACCCGAGUAUUGGUGACAAGCGGGACAUAUACGUCACUCGGCUAAUAUGGGCACCCAAACAUUACGACACACUUCGGACUCCGUAG